UGUGCAGAGAUUAUUAAUACAUGUGAUCAGCUGCUGUACAGGCUUCUUCGUCACGGUCCUCCUCAUCUCGGUUUUCAGUUUCAGUCUUCCCUAUCACUGUUUUUUCACCCUCAUCUCUGCUACUUUAUAUUAAGACCCAUCAGUCAGGAUGAGUCCAAAACACAUUGUCUUCAAGAAGGUGUCGAGAGACAAGUCGGUGGCCGUCUACAUGGCUAAGAGAGACUUUGUGGACCACUGUGACUUUGUGGAUCCAGUCGAUGGCGUUAUCGUGAUAGACCCAGUGCAGCUGAAAGGAAAGAAGGUUUAUGUGAUGCUGUCCUGCACGUUUCGAUACGGUCGCCAGGAUAUGGAUGUGAUGGGAGUGGCCUUCAGAAGGGACCUCUUUGUGGUGACCCGGCAGGUCUACCCAGAGAUGCAAGACAAAGAGCAGUUGACCCAUACUAAGGUUCAGCAAAAGCUGCUGCACAAGUUGGGUGACUACGCCUACCCUUUCUUCUUCGAGUUUCCAGACAACCUGCCGUGUUCUGUCAGUCUGCAACCCAGUCCAAAUGAUGUGGGAAAGAAAUGUGCAGUGGAGUUUGAGGUGAAAGCAUUCUGUGGAGAGAAUCAGGAUGAGAAGAUUGACAAACAGAGCUCAGUUCGACUCACCAUCCGAAAGAUCCAGUUUAGUCCACAGAUCAGUGAAGUGGCUCCAUUCGCAGACAUGACCUUCGAGUUCCUGAUGUCUGAAAAACCUCUACAUGUCAAGCUCAGCCUUCCAAAAGAGACGUUUUAUCAUGGAGAGCCAGUCAAAGCAUGUGUUGAAAUCACUAACUCAUCCAGCAGGAACAUAAAAGACAUCAGUUUGUCAGUUGAGCAGGUGACCAAUGUGCUGCUUUACUCCAAUGACAAAUAUGUCAAAUCUGUGGCCAAAGAAGAGACUGAUGAUUCGGUUCCCUCUGGUACAACAUUGAAGAAGGAAUACAAUCUGUACCCCAUGCUGGCAAACAAUAAGGACCGCAGAGGAAUCGCUCUGGAUGGACGACUUAAACAUGAAGACACCAACCUGGCUUCAUCCAGCAUUGUGAAGCAGGAAGUACUGAAGGAAGUCCAGGGGAUGUUGAUCUCCUACAAGGUGGUACUGAAGAUGAUAGCAUCCGGGGCGGUGGGAUCCAGUGAGGUCUCUGUGGAGGUUCCAUUCAAACUGAUGAAUCCAAAACCGGAACCAGCCAAGGAAAGUGAAUCUGGAGACAUGGUGUUUGAAGAAUUUAAAAGGGCCUACCUGAAGGGUGUGGUUUAUGGCGAUGACGAUGAGUCUCCAACUGAGGCCUGAGCCACGAAGAUGGCCGCCAACAUCGACAGUUCAGAUCUUCACAUACAAGGAGACAUCAGAUGAACUGCACAUCAUAACUAUGAAACAUAUUUGGUGUGGAAUUCUUACAAAUAAAAUCUGUAGUUGCUUACCUCUGACAUUUCUUGGUUAAAGUUUUCUAGUUAUAGUUUUAUUUUAGGAAGU